UUUAUUUAAAGGAUUUUAUCUACAUAUACAAAAAAAAAGCACGUCUUGAACUCAGGAGUGCCUAUCACUAUUAGCCUGAACCUAAUGUGGUGGAAAAUAAUGAACUGUUAUUAUUUUCCACCACAUCAGGUUUAGUUAAUAUGUAUGGGAUCUUUUAUAAAUUAGUGUAAAGGAAAAGGCUUUGGACAUCAUUGGUCACGUGAUCAAUGUAGAACGAAUCAAGCAUCGUGAUUCGAACUAUUGCGUGUUGUUUUUUCAGCACACGCCUCAAAGCUUAAGAUUUAGGGGUAAAAUCACUAUUUCUUUCUUUCUUUAAGUUCUCAGUUUCUAGUGAGACCAGAACGGAAUUAAGAGUGUCUGAACAGUGGGAAGUCCUUAUAAUGGCACUAAACAGGUGGCUGGAAGACCACCAGCAUCCCCCUUUUAUGAAGUGAAAAUAUUCUCCUGAAAUUCAUCACCAACAACCAGGAUAUUUAUCCCAAGAUCAAAGUUAAACUGCUGAAAGAGGUGAAGCACAAGCCAUCCUGAAGAAUCUCCAGAACACGCAGAAAUUGUUUGAUGCAGACAAAUAAAGCAAAGUCCUGAUAUGGAGAAACAUCAGCACUCUGUCAAGAGUUUUACUAAACAGAGUGAUCUCAAAAAACACCAGCGCAUUCACACAGGAGAGAAACCGUAUUACUGCUCAGACUGUGGGAAGAGUUUUAUUGAACAGAGUAAUCUCAAACGACACCAGCGCAUUCACACAGGAGUAAAACCGUAUCACUGCUCAGACUGUGGGAAGAGUUUUAAUCAAGAGGGUCAUCUCAAACGACACCAACGCAUUCACACAGGAGAGAAACCGUAUCAAUGCUCAGACUGUGGAUCUAGUUUUAAUAGACUGGGGACUCUAAAACUGCAUCAGCGCAUUCACACAGGAGAGAAACCGUAUCAGUGCUCAGACUGUGGGACAAGUUUUACUGUACAGGGUAAUCUAAAAAAACAUCAGCGCAUUCACACAGGAGAGAAACCGUAUCACUGCUCAGAUUGUGGGAAGAGUUUUACUAAAGAGAGUGAUCUAAAAAAACACCAGCGCAUUCACACAGGAGAGAAACCGUAUCACUGCUCAGAUUGUGGGAAGAGUUUUAUUGAACAGAGUAAUCUCAAACGACACCAGCGCAUUCACACAGGAGUAAAACCGUAUCACUGCUCAGACUGUGGGAACAGCUUUAAUCAAGAGGGUCAUUUCAAACGACACCAACGCAUUCACACAGGAGAGAAACCGUAUCAAUGCUCAGACUGUGGAUCGAGUUUUAAUAGACUGGGGACUCUAAAACUGCAUCAGCGCAUUCACACAGGAGAGAAACCGUAUCAGUGCUCAGACUGCGGGACCAGUUUUACUGUACAGGGUAAUCUCAAAAUACACCAACGCAUUCACACAGGAGAGAAACCAUAUUACUGCUCAGAGUGUGGGAUGAGUUUUACUCAACACGGUCAUCUAACACUGCACCAGCGCAUUCACACAGGAGAGAAACCGUAUUACUGCUCAGACUGUGGGAGGAAUUUUAAUCAUCACAGUAAUCUCAAAAAACACCAGAGCAUUCACACAGGAGAGAAAACGGUGUCAAAUCUGUUUAAAGGCAAUUAAAAGUGCGAAUCUUUUAGACAGAACACCUUAUCCUGCACAAAUGUUUCAUCUUGUCACUUGGGACACGUUCCACCAGAAACAAACAUAAACUGAAUUUAACAAUGGAUUUUACAGGUUCAGCAAAAUGACUCUUAUUCAUGGAUGAUGUUUAUAGAAUUUAAUGUUAUGUUUUCUCGUAUGUUUGAUAUUCCAGGACAUUCUUCGUGAGACAGAGCUCAGUUUUAAGGGUAGUUACGUUAUGAGUUUAGUUCUGAAGAAGGGAAGGUCGUUCAAGCGAGGGCACUGCCAGAGCUUGCUCCAGAUGUUAGAUUAGCAUAACUUAGUCUUUAAAAUUUAGAUGUCGUAGUUGUUAGGAGUAGAGUACGAUUCUUAAUUUUCUGUAAACAUUUCAGUGCUUGUGCUUAGAAGGUUUUGAAUGCAUUUAAUCUUUUUUCUAGUAUAUACAGACUUUAUUAUUUCCAUUAAUUUCUAAUACCUCUGUUUUUACUCUGUGUUAGUUCCCCAAGAUUAGCAUAGUGUAGCUUAAUGCUAUUAACCAACAGGCCCCUCUGUAUGAAAGGAGAAACACCACCUGAGGAACUCCAGAGAGUUUGCUCCCAGAAGUGAGACCCAGAGCCACAGAGAGACGACACUGUGUCGGGUACUGCCGUGUGGACCGGAGGAGCAUCCAGACCCGCAGAGAGGCCAACAAAAUCUUU